UUUUUUUUCUAACCUAAAGAUCGCUUUAAUGUGUAUGUAGAUUAAGAAGUUCAUGCACAACCUGCGACAGUACCAGCUUCCUUUGCAGCGCUAUAUGGCCAUGAUGGACCUUCAGGAGAGAAAUGAGAGGCUUUUCUACAGGCUUUUAAUUGAUAAUGUGGAGGAGCUGCUCCCUUUUGUUUACACACCGACUGUUGACGAGGCCUGCCAGAAGUAUGGGUCCAUCUUUAGACAACCGCAGGGUCUGUAUGUCAGCCUGAGGGACAAGGGGAGGGUCCUAGAGGUUCUAAGGAACUGGCCUCAGAGGGAUAUUCAAGUUAUUUGUGUCACUGAUGGUGGGCGAAUCUUGGGACUUGGAGAUUUGGGUGCUCAGGGAAUGGGAAUUCCUGUAGGCAAACUUGCUCUCUACACUGCCCUUGGAGGAGUUCGCCCAUCAGCUUGUUUGCCCAUUACAAUUGAUGUUGGCACGAACAAUGAGGAACUGCUUAAUGAUGAGUUCUACAUUGGACUGCGGCAAAAACGUGCAACUGGCAAGGAAUAUCAUGAGCUUAUAGAAGAAUUCAUGAGCGCUGUGGUGCAAAUCUACGGUGAGAAAGUCCUCAUUCAGUUUGAGGACUUUGCCAAUCAUAAUGCUUUUGAUCUGCUUGAAAAAUAUAGCAAGAGCCAUCUUGUUUUCAAUGAUGAUAUCCAGGGCACAGCAUCAGUGGUCCUUGCAGGUUUGUUAGCAUCACUCAAGGUGGUUGGUGGGACCCUAGCAGAGCACACUUAUUUGUUCCUUGGUGCUGGGGAGGCUGGAACUGGCAUAGCAGAACUCAUUGCUCUUCAGAUUUCAAAACAGGUAACAGGGCGGGCAUUUAACCAGGUUUUGGGGUGUGUGAAGUCAGGAUUCCGAUCAGAUGCUAAAUGCAAAACUGGAUCUGUAAUGGCUGCAUCUUCUCUUCUUGAAGAUACAUUUGAAGCUCGUCUAACACAUUAUAAUCGCUACAACAAAUGGGAACAAAAUACAUUUGAAUUAUGA